GCAGGCCUCCGCCGCGGUGCUGGCAAGGCCAGGGCCCGCGGGCACCGACUACAACCGCUUCUGCCUCUUCCAGUGCCGGCCCCGCGACUUUUCCGUCGGCGAGCCCUGCCUGCCGAUCGACCCCGCGGCCGCCAACGAGAGCAUGACAGCGCACGGCAACGGCAGGCCCGCUGAAGAGGAGGAGCACGAGCAGCGCGAGGAGUGCGCGGAGCAGCGGCCCCGUGGACAGGGACCCUGGAUUGCAGCCGAUGACAGCGGGAUCGGGCGGCGCCGCUGCUGGUCCCGGAGCUGUCCCUCCACGUGGACGGGACGCCGCCGCCGUGGCCUCGGGGCAGCCCGACCCUGCCGCGCUCCCGCCCGCGGGCGCGGUUGUCCUGGAGGAGCCGCCGAGGACGCUGAUGGCGAUCCUGGAGCAGCGGCUCUCGGAGCUCCUCGACCAGGAGAUCCAGCAGUUCCCCUGGCUGCCGGGCUCCUGCUAGGCGGUGUUUGCCAUUUCUGGUGGACUGGCCUCCACUGCACGUCGCGUCUGACGCGCUCGAGCGGAAAAUGCGGCAUUCAUGCACACAGGAAUGGAUGCCUGCGGUGCAUUUCGCAACGGCAGCGUAGUGUGCUUCCAUGUGCUGCCUGGCAGUGUCCUCGCGCAUUGUCGUGUCAUGCCGUCUCGUGCAGUGUGCA